GGUCGGCUGCUCCACUGCUUCAGGUGUUGCGGCGGCUCCACGUCUCUCCAGGCGCCCGCGGCUUCCGUGAGCCCAGGCCGCCCUCAGCGUCUGGAGUGCCGGCUCUUGGCUCCCGCGCGGCCAUGGCGGGGCCGGGCCCAGGCCCAGGGGACCCAGACGAGCAGUACGAUUUCCUGUUCAAGUUGGUGCUGGUGGGCGACGCGAGCGUGGGCAAGACGUGCGUGGUGCAGCGCUUCAAGACCGGCGCCUUCUCGGAGCGCCAGAGCAGCACCAUCGGCGUCGACUUCACCAUGAAGACGCUGGAGAUCCAGGGCAAGCGGGUCAAGCUGCAGAUCUGGGACACAGCUGGCCAGGAGCGUUUUCGCACCAUCACCCAGAGCUACUACCGCAGUGCCAAUGGGGCCAUCCUCGCUUACGACAUCACCAAGAGGAACUCCUUCGUGUCGGUGCCUCACUGGAUUGAAGAUGUGAGGAAGUAUGCAGGCUCCAAUAUUGUGCAGCUGCUGAUUGGGAACAAGUCGGACCUUGGCGAGCUCCGGGAGGUCCCUCUGGCUGAGGCGCAGAGCCUGGCAGAGCACUACGAUAUCCUGUGUGCCAUUGAGACGUCUGCCAAGGACUCGAGCAACGUGGAGGAGGCCUUCGUGAGGGUGGCCACGGAGCUGGUCAUGAGGCACGGGGGCCCUCUGCUCAGUGAGAAGAGCACUGACCACAUCCAGCUGGAUAGCAAGGACAUUGGAGAAAGCUGGGGCUGCGGGUGCUGACCGGCGUGCAGGGCAGGGCAGGCAGGGGCCUCCCCGCCUCCUCUCUCUCUGUGGCCUGCCAAGCCCGGCCCUUCAGAGCUGGCCCUUCAGGGCACCAGUGAUUCUAGAGCAACUGUAUAAAGUCCUAGAAUUAUUCAUCCCAUGGCCUGGAUGCUUAAUGGGAAAGCUAUUCCAAGGAAGGAAGAAGUAGGAUUUCUCCUGCCAGAGGCCUGUUGGCACAGGGUAGGGUAUGGGGCCCAUCCUGCCAGUCAGUGGCUGUUCUCUCCAUGCUCUUCACAUUCCAGGGCUGGCCUGAGCCCGCCAGUGUGGACUGCAGUGGGAGAGGGACCAGGAAUGUGCCUCCUCUGCUCCACAUAUACUGGUUCUGACCAUUUUGCACCUUGUGUCUGCUGCAGCUAUGGCAACAGGUUGCUGCUUUCCAGGGAUGUGGCUGGUGCCCUGGGUUCUCCCAGGUCAUUCCAGGGCCUCCACAUGCAGCUGCAGAGAACAAGAGCAACCAGACCAAUAGACCGGUUCCUGAGCACAGCCCCAGAGAAGCCCUAGCUCCUUCCAGGCGAGGAACUUUCUUUCUUCACUGCCAGCUCUAAGCUCACAGACACCAUGUGGCCUGGCUUGCUGCCUUAGCAAGACCUCUCAAGCUUUCUGGUUUUCCAUGUAGCUUCUUGUUUUUAUCCGUGCAAGUAUGGGGGCAUGGCCAAGCCAAGCGGGGACUGUCUGCUGUCUUGGGGCCCAAAGUUUUGCCACUUGUGUUGCAAAACCAGCUUAUUCAGUACCAGCUCUCGGAAGCUUGGGGGUAGAGGGAAUGAGAUAGGAACAUGGACAUUUAAGGGAAAAGUAAAAACUUGCAUCCUUGAGGCUCAGGUCUGAGUAGGACCUCCAGAACACUCAGUUUUAACCCAUGUGCAGAAAUCUUACCUGCCAUGUUUAAAGUGUCAGUUCUCCCACAGCUCCCAGUCUAGCUUAUAGAGUUUCUCAAACAAAAAUGGCUACGCGGUGGCAAUCCUGGCUCUGGCUGUUUUACCCACCCUCCUGGGCCCACCUCCCCUCAAUAGCCUCAGUGUGCCCUGAGUCUAAGGUUACAAGGCAGAUUGGGGCCAAGAUCACUGGGGAUCCUAGAUGCAGCACUGGUCUCUGCUGAGUAGCUCAAUAUUACAAGGAUUGGACUGAGGGAGGCAGGUGAUCUUCCUAAGCCAAUCCCAGUCCUUCCAUGUUAGCCCAGUCCAGCCCUUCUGGUCUCUCAGUUGGGGCCCCAGGAAAUAAACUACUCUCAGAGCCACGGUGUUGGUCACAUCAUGGAGAGAGGCAGCCCAGAGCCUAUCAGAGCCCAGACUGCACUCCAGGCUUAGUCCCAGUCCCCAAAGCCGGCUGCAGUACUCCAGCUCAGACUUUCCUUGCCUUCUUUCACUCCAACCACUUUGAUCUGCAUCGCCUCCUCUCCCAGGCAGGCCUGGCUGCAGAGCAAAAAGCCAGACCUUUUGCAGUAGCCCCACAGCAGUUGGGGGAGGCAGGGUUGUGGGUGGACAGCUGGGACCGAGACACGCAGGGCCGGUGACUCCCUUUCAGGCAGAGAGGCAGCCAUGGAACAGCUGAGGCUGUUUCUGGAAGGGAGGGAUGUUGGCCUGGCCAGGCCAGAAGCUGCUGAACAGGGGUCUGCCGUGAGGGGAGUCAGCCUACCGUGGGCUAGGGUGAGGCAGGAGCUGGGAGCAAGAAGGCUGCCUGGCUCCCUUCCUCAGCAGCCUUGCUGAUGGGAGGGGCCCAGUUGCUGGCAGGGAGAGUUGAUACCUCACUGACCCCUCCAUUGCAGUACCUGGACUCCACCUGCAGAGUUGAAAGUACCUGCCCUUGCUGUCAAUGAGGGGUUCCCUAAAGAGGGUUCCAUUCAGGCCAAAAGCAAAGGCCCUCCAGCCCCAUGACCUCUCUGCUAGGGGCUGAUUUUUGGGCAGAGCUGCAUAUUCAACCCAGGCCCCAGCUGGAAGAGAAGUCUCAUGAAACCCUACCUUGCAGAGACCUGUUGCUUUGGGAGGUAGGAAAACAUGCAAGGGGUCUUGGAGCAGAGGCCCAGGCCUGCACCCCUGUGAUUGACUUGCAGCCCCAGUUCCAGCUGAGUAAAGUACUGAGCCUGCUCAUACCUACCUGCUGCCCCGCUCUGCCUUGGGGCUGCCUCGCAGGGUUUAGGGAGAGAGGGAGGCCCCUCUACCCCUUCUUCACAUGGAUGCCCUGAGCUGCCAUGAGGAUCCAGGGGAGGCACAGGAACAGGUAGCUGGCUGCUGACGGGCUCACUUGUCACCUUGGAAUAUGAGUCGGCCCCCUUCUCCUCCUGCCCGAGGGGCGGGAGACCUGAAACCUUGUACAGAAGGGGGAAGGGAUAGCCGACCCAGCCUGGAACCAGGGAGGUUUCUUCUCACUGGCAACCUCGUGGUUUACCCAGAAACCAAGGAAAUAAUACUUCACUUCCUCCCCUUUCACAAUCCCAGGAUGUCCAAAACACUGGGCCAAGUGGCUCUCCUGCCACCCCAUCCUCCCUGCAUGGGAGCAACCUCACUAAGGGGUUUAGCCGGGAAGUCAGAAGUCACUUUGGGCUCCUCACUUUCUCCCCCCACCUUACCACAGUGCUGGGGUCCCACCUCCACAGUGCCCUGCCCUCCAUUCCAGAUAGGCCCGUCCUCGCACCUGGACAUCUCGUUGACGACCUCGGCCCCUGGGCUUCUAGCCUCCAUUUCCCCAAGCCACCCUCCAGCUGCUGUCAAAGUGGCAGUUGUGAAAGGUCACUUCUGGUCCUGUCCCCCCUCCCCAGUACCUUUUAGGGUGCCCUGGGGCACUCAGAAUGCUGUCUACGCUUCACGCAGAUGUCCAAGGCCUUCACAGUUCUGCCCUGGCUUUUCUCCAGUACCCCCUUGUCCCCCAGGAACACCCUCUGUGCAGGCCAACCCCUUCCUGCCCUCCCCCCACUUGCUGACCCUGCCUUUCUAUUCAUGUCAUGUAGAAUCCAGCUGGAUACCCCUGAGAACUGGCCCCAUCCCAAGUUAGUCCCUUGCUCAUAGUAGCCCUAGCAAAAAUGAGUUCUUUCCCCACGCCUUGGUCUGUGAGGUCCCCCCCCCCCCCCCCCCCACACACACACACACUUCCUGGGCCGAAGCCAUUUCCUACACGUUCCAAGAAAUGUUUCCCCAGCCCUCAACUUCAGUCACGAAUGCUAGUCCUCAGGGAUUGGCCUGGGGUGUGGUCUUGACUGCAGGUCACAUGGGGUGUCUGCUCUGUAGUGCCCCGUCAAGCCAGGGUCUCACUACCUCUCUGGGCCUUAGUCCUGUGUCAAAUGGGGUAAGAGAAAAUGGGAAGCAUGUGUGACCGGAAACAAGACUCACUUGUUUCCUCUCCCAGCAUCCCAGGGCCUCUGGGCAAGAGAACAGUUGAAUCUCUUCCUUUGUUUAUAAAUUACCUAAGAACAGGAGCAGGCGGGAUGGGGGGCCAGGGUGUGGGCAGUGGGCCAGGGAAGGACAGCCAGGCAGUGUCCCGGCAGGGCAGCCCAGGCUUGGAGGAGGGCCGUCUGUGGUCUGGGUGGGGCUGGGAUGACAUGAGCUGAAGGAGAACAAGAGGGAAGCUGGUAUUUUAUGCUCACGGGAGGAGGAGUGGUCUGGGCGAGGGGCCCAGAUCCUAACUCCUAAGCCGGAGAGGUGGGUCCCUGCCCUCCCGGACGUGGGGGUUUGGCCCCAGCAGGCUUUGAGCUGGAGGAAGCUCCUAAUUCAUAUUGAAUUCAGUUACUCUUCUCCAGGAGGGCUGCCAGGGGUGGGGCCUCAGGGACCCUCUGAGCCCUGCCAGCUUGGACUGUUGGGGGUGGAGAGGGCCUCAGCCAGCCCAAGGAUGCCAUUUGCAUUUGGGAAUUUUUCAUAUCUAUUUAUGAAUAUAUAAAUCUUUAUAUCAAAUCUAUUUUUUAAAACAUGGAAAAGUCGCCUUUAUGGAAACUUAGCAGAGCCAGAGUGUACACAUUCCUAAACCAUUAAACAGUUUUUUUCUAACGA